AUGAUUAGUGAAUACUAAUAGUACUCAUAACCUAUUUGUGUGCUCACAAAUUCAGCUUUUUAAACAGCUAUUUAGGAAGGACAGGUAGAUAAUUUAAAAGGAUAUUAAUAAUUUAAAUCAGUUGAAGAAUAUUAAGACCUUGUAUUUCCACUGCUUUAGAAUGAAAAUUAUCGUUCAUUAAAAAGGGAAUAAUUUAGAUUUCUAAAAAAUUUACAAGAUAGUGAUUAAUUUCCCCUUGUUUUUGAAGUUAUACUCAAUGAAGAUGCAGAUCCUAAUAGAGAGGAUGGUAUCAUAUUUGAUGUGUUGAGGGAAUUGGAACAAAUGAAUAAUGAAUAAUCUGAUGACAAUGAAUUUUGGAAAUAUAAUCAUUAUGCACAAUAUUUAAUUUUUAAACAAUCAUAACAAUAUUUUGGAGCUAUUUACACUAGGAAUCCAAAUAAACCAAAUGAUUACUUUACGUCUUUAGCUAUAUAUUAAAAGAAAAAAGAUGAAAUUUAAUUAAUAUUGCCCUAUACAAAAGAAGUGAAGAAAUUGCUUAAUUUUGAAAACAUAUUUACUACUAAUGAAAAGUUAAACCAUUAUAAAAAUGUUUGCAUCGAAAAUCAAAAAAAAUAGAAGUAUAAAUCCUCUUUUAUUUGGGAUUAAAAAUUGCUUAUUUAUUUCAUACCAAUAAGUCCUUUAAGUUCAUAUUUGAAUGAAACAGAAACUAUUUUUAAUCUCUCUCAAUGUCCAUUCUAUAAAUUAUUAUUGAGUCCAUGUUAAUAAUUAAAUCUUGUUAAUGCUUCAGAUUUUAGUUAAAGAGCACGGAUACAAUAAUAAUUAUACUUUUAAAAUUAGAUAUUUACUAGAUAAUUCAAUGAAAAUUAAUUAAAUUCAAUUAGACAUGCCUUAGAUUUUACAAAAAGAGUAUAAUAUUUAUUAAUUAUCUUUAUAGUUUACAAUCAUUAAAGGACCUCCAGGAACAGGUAAAACACAAACCAUUAUAGGUAUUAUUUCCAUAAUGUCAGAAUUAUUAAUAAGAUCUGAUAAUAAUUCUCAAGGAGGUAUUUUGUUAUUAGCAAAAUCAAAUAGUGUUGUCAAUGAUUUAAUUAGAAAAAUUCAGAAGAAUAUUGAAGAAGAAAAUUCAAUUAUCUAUUGUUUUAACAAAAAGCCUAAUAAAUUAAAAGUGCUUCGUUUUGGAAGACCAGAAAAAUGUGACAAGGAUAUAAUAAGAUUGAGCUUAGAAAUAAGAUCUUAACAUCAUUUUUUUUAUUUCAAAACUAAGAAAAAUUUUAAAGAAUUAGAAGAUAAAUGUAUAACAUCUGAAAUAAAAUUAAUAAUGAGGCAAAAUGGCCUAAAAGAGUUUGGAGUUUAUCUAUAAGAGACAGGUUAAUAAAGUAAUCUCAUAACUUUAUUGAGUUAUAUUGAAGAACUUAAUUUUAGAACACGCAAUUAGAAAAUCUUGGAAGCAUACGGAAAUUUAUAUAGUUAAUGGUCUUAAUUAAUUAAAAAUGAAAAGAAAGUUUAUGAAGAGAUAGAAUAAGAUUACUUAGAAUAAGUAUUAAAAUAUAAUUAAUUAUUUAGUGUCAUAUUAUUGUUACAACUCUUAAUAGUUGUUCUAAACUUUGUUUGGAAAAGUAUUUCGAAAAAGUAAAACUUAGAAUGUGUAUUGUUGAUGAAGCACCAACUGCAUUAGAACCUUCUUUGUUAAUACCAUUUGUAAAAUAUAAAUUCAUUGAUAAAAUUGUAUUAUUGGGAGAUAUUAAUUAACUCAAUCCAAUAGUUAUUGCAAAAGAAUCAAAUGAAUUGGGUUAUAAUAGAUCUUUGUUUUAGAGAUUAGCUAAAGGAUUAAAAUAAGAUACAUUAAAACUGAUAGAAUAAUAUAGAUAAAUGCCAAAUCUUGCAUAAAUUACAUCAUAAUUCUUUUAUAAAAAUUAAUUGAGAAAUGGAAUCCAAAAUAUGUAAUUUCCUGAUUGGAUUUCAUAUAAGGUAUCUAAUAAUCGCAAUAGACUUUUUUUCAGUGCUCCUGCAUUUACAGAAAGUGAUGAAGAAACUAGUAAAAGAAAUGAUUUAGAAUGCUUAGCCAUAAUAAAACUAACUAAAUAUUUAUUAAAUGGUUCAACCUUACCUCAAAAUCAUUAAAAACCAAUUACUAUUAUAAGUGCUUAUAGAGCUUAAACUGAGAAUAUAUAAAAAAAAUUAAGAUAAGAGACUUUUUAAUUUAAUUAACCAGAAGAUAAUGUAAGAAAUUUAUUAGAUUAUGUUGAAUUAGACACUGUAGAUUCAUUUCAAGGUAAAGAAAAUGAAAUAAUAAUUCUAUCACUUGUACGAUCAAAUGAUAAAUAAGGUUUUUUAAAAGAUAAGAAGAGAGCAAAUGUAGCAUUGUCUAGAGCAAAAUAUUGUUAAUUUAUUUUUGGAACUAGUCGUACUAUGAGGUAGGAUUUAAAGAAUUGGAAUAGAAUACUUAAGAUAUUGAGAGAACAAAAUGAAAUUAUUAAUUAUAAUUAGGAAUCGCUUACAAAUCCUAACUUUUUUAGGAGAGAAUUAAUGAAUGAAUGA